UUUGAAACUCUGGCAUCCCUGAUUUCAAUUCUCUGUAAUUUUUACGCUCACUGUGGACACAUAAUCUAUUACAUUUUUCGUUAGUUUAAUAUCAAAACAAAUGAAGGGUAACAUAAAUUCCAGAGCCGAAGCCUCCUAUUCCCGUGGUGGGGGUUAUGAUGAUGAAUGGAGAGAUGCUACACCUGUGGUAGAUGACGAAGACACGUGUAGCGCGGAGGAAUUGGAAGGGCUGUUUCAAAUAAAAUGUAGAAUUGGCGGUGAAUCAGCGGUGUCAUUAGAAAAGGACUAUGUUCUUCAUUUAGCAGCUGAUAGCGGCUUUACACGUGUUGCAGCUGGCUUAUCGAGCUCUUUCGUACACAUCUUUGACAUUAACGCCGAACGAACCAUGCAGAUUUCUUCCUUGACUAGGAUACCAACACCACAAGAUAAUCAAAUUUUGAAUGUAUGCGGUGUACGCUUUUUAGAUGAUACGCCUAAUUGUCUGUUAGUUGGCGAAAGCGAAGGGAGUGUACAUCUGUUCGAUUUACGUACCCAAAGGGAAGUAGCACGCUUCGAGGAGGAUGUCGAAUGCACACAAGGUUUCACUAAUUUCCGUGGAGGAAAGAACUUGGGUGAUCGUAAGACCAUAAAUUGUUUCGAUAGCAACUCAAACGGCCGCAUAAUUUGCACGGGUACGGAACAGAGUAAAGGCGAGGUAUACUUAUUUUUUUAUGAUGUUCGAGAGCGUAAACACCUUGGUGGCUAUUUCGAGAGUCAUGAAGAUGAUAUCACUGCAUUACGUUUUCACGAUACAAAUCCUGAUCUUUUAUGCUCCGGAUCUAUUGAUGGCCUAAUCAACGUAUUCGACAUUAGAGAGGAGACUGAGGACGACGCUUUGACAACAACAUUUAAUACGGAAAGUAGUGUACAAAAACUAAAUUGGCAUAAGAAUAUUUAUGAACAAGAUGUAAUUUCUUGUAUAACACAUACGAAUGACUUUCAUGUGUACCUUGCAGAGGAAGGUGAUGUAGUAGCGACAUUCGAUCGAUGCCAAAUCACAGCAGCUGCUAAGAGGAGAAACGAGGCUAAUUGCAAUGUAGUUAAUGCGCAUAGCACCGCGAAUGGCGACUUGUUUCUUUUAGCUGGGACAAACCAUAUUAAAGGUGAAGUGUUGCGUACUCUUCGUUUCAAUAAAAGUUUAUUACCAAUGGCUGAUUUUAUUGGUAACAAACAAAUCGUCCGUUCGAGCAUAUUUGAAAAAAAGAGCGGAACUCUCGUGACCGGCGGAGAGUCUGGUUUUGUUACUCUCUGGACCGCGGACAGUACAAGCAAAGACGAUGGAUUAUUAGCCAGCUGUUCAAGUGAAUUAAAACAUAAAAGCAAGAAAUCGAAAAAGAAAACACCUUAUUAAUAGAAAAUAGACAAGUAAAUUCAAUUUAUUA